AUGACCGGGCCGCCGUCCUCUUCCUACCCCGGCCAGGUCCCGCCGCCAGCCGCCGUGGUUUCGCCGGAAAACGAAGAGAAAAGCUCCGGUUUUGACAGAAAAUUCGCCGGCUUCGUUCUCCGUCGUCCGGCCGCCAUUUUUGGCGAUCAAGGUUUGGAAAUUCAUCCCUUCUGCAUGAUCUAG